AAUAAGUGUCCUUUUACUUCACCAACAUGAUAAUCUUGCAGUUCUUGCUUUUGCUGUUAAGAGUUGUUGCAUCUCUUUCUCUUAAUUCAACCCAACCACGAUGCCAUGCAAAUGAGAGAUCUGCCUUAUUGGAGUUCAAGGCAACCUUUUUCACAAAAAGGCCUCCUUGUUGUGAUGAAUCAUCGGAUAAGCAUGUGAAGCUUGAAUCUUGGAAAGCAAUCGGGGAAACUACGAGCAAUUGUUGUGAUUGGGAUGGUGUUGAGUGUGAUGAGGCGAGCGGUCACGUGAUUGGCCUCGACCUCAGUUGCAGUUGUCUCACCGGUUCCAUCAACUCCAGCACCGCCAGCAUCCUCAGUCUAGUUCACCUACAAAGCCUUAACCUCGCUUUUAAUGGCUUCAAUUUCUCUCAGAUAUUGGGUACUAGGUCUUGGUUCAUGCAACUUAAAUAGUUUCCCAGAGUACCUUCGUGGUCAAGAAGAUCUGUAUCAGCCAUUUAAAGAUCUGUAUCAGCUAGAUCUAUCCUACAACAAGAUCAGCGGUCAAGUGCCCGAAUGGUUCUUAAAUGUAAGCACAAAAGAGUUGGUGUAUUUGAACAUUUCUGGUAACUUCCUAACUAGUUUUGGGCAGGAUCCCGUUACCUUCAAGUGGACAAAGCUUGUCUGUGCAGAUCUCAGGUUCAACCAGUUGCAAGGAUCACUUCCGAUUCCCCCUCCCAAAAUCUUGUACUACUACAUUUCAAACAACAGACUCUCCGGAGAAAUAUCGCCAGUUAUAUGCAAUCUAACCUCGAUUCAGAUGAUCGAUUCGUCCAAUAAUAACUUGACUGGGGUGCUUCCGCGAUGCUUGAGUAAUUUGAGUGGUUCUUUGGAAGUAAUGAGCCUACAAAGCAACGGCUUUAAUGGGAAAAUUCCUCAGUUGAAUGGGGACAACUGUGCAUUUCUCAUGAUUGAUCUGAGUUAUAAUGAAUUGAUGUGGCCACUGCCAAGAUCACUCCGUAAAUGCAAGAAUUUGGAGUUCCUGAGUUUUGGAAACAAUCAGAUUAGAGAUGUUUUUCCUUCGUGGUUGGGAUCACUUCUUGGCUUAAAGGUACUUGGAUUGCGACAUAACAGAUUUCAUGGACUAGUUGGGGAACCGAGAGAUGGUUUUGAGUUCCCUAACGGUGCGCAUGACAAUUAUUCUAACAAUUUGUCCGGUAGCUUGCCAUCCGGGUACUUCAAGCAGUGGACUGCCAUGAAAGUUUAUGAGAGAGUUCAAUCAGACUACAUAGGCAAAUUUAUCCAGGAAGCAUUGCCGUUCUUUCCAUCCUCAACCUUUGACUACUCUAUGAGGGUAAUUAUCAAAGGCAUCCACAUGAAUUACUUAAAGAUCCAAGAGUACCUCACAUUGAUUGAUCUCUCAAGCAACAACUUCAGCGGAGUGAUCCCUGAGACCAUUGGAAGCCUAGAGCAGCUAGAAUUGCUCAACCUUUCCAACAACAUGCUCUCCAGUCCCCUGCCUCCAUUCUUGGCAAACCUGACUAAUUUGGAAGCAUUGGACCUUUCUCGAAACCAGCUCUCUGGAAAGAUCUCUCAGGAGUUGACGCAACUCACUUCGCUUGCGGUCUUCAACGUAUCUUAUAACCGUCUGACCGGGCCGAUACCUCAGUCAUGGCAGUUUGAUACAUUUGAAAACAACUCCUACAAGGGAAACCCAGGGCUAUGUGGCACUCCUCUGUCUAGAAAAUGUGGAGAUCCCAAAGUGUCGCCUCCAUCAUCUCCGACGUCCGAAGAACAUCAAGAUUCGGGGAUUGCAAUGGAAUUAGACUGGAAGAUCGUGUGCAUGGGGUAUGCAAGUGGGUUAGUGAAUGGAGUGGUCCUCGGGGACUGCUUGAUCACAAGAAGAAGGGCUCAGAGACUUGCGAAGAAUUUUGGCAAAAGAAAACAAAGGCGAAGAAGGUAG